UCGGGCAGCCUUCGCUAUAGUAAUCUCCCGGCGCGCGUUAGCUACAGCCCCUCUCUUUCUAGACUUCGAUUUUUGCCCUAGGUUAUAUUAUCACGCAAUUGCGCGCUGGGAUUUCUUCACCGAAUUUUCAUCAAACCCUAUCGCCUUGACGCCAUCGGUUCAGAUCCGUAGUCGUUUUCAGAUCCUCGCUCCGUGGCUCUGAUUUUGGUGGUUCCUUGAUUUUGAGGUUUUUGGACUUGGUUUCUUUGCAACCACUGUCCAUAUCUCCCGCUCUUGUCUAAGGAUUAUGACUGCAAUGCGGGGAUAUGCAAGAGAUGAGUAUGAAAACUGGGAUGAGUAUGAAGAGGAUGGUGAUGAGUAUGAAGAAGAAGGUGGUGAUGAUGGAUAUGAAGAACCUGAGCAGCCUACACAGGAGCAGCUAGAAUAUCUUGCAUUAAGGCAAAAGCUAAAAGAGUCGAUCAGAAAGCAGAUGAAGAAGGAAGCGGGGGUGACCAAUGCAAGUUAUCGUGACAAAACAAGUACAUUGCGCAAAGACAACUAUGGUUCCUUUUUUGGUCCUUCACAACCUGUUAUUGCUCAGAGAGUGAUUCAAGAAAGCAGAUCCUUGCUGGAGAAUCCUGAUUUGGCAGCAAAAAUUACUAAAUCUCAUACUACUAAGAAGAAGAGCUCUGGGUCAGCUGCCUAUGCCCCGUCUAAACCUCAAUCGAACUCUCGGCCAACGGUUGUGAAUGGGGUGAAGAAAAAAGUCCAAAUGCUAAAAGAUACAAGGGACUAUUCAUUUCUAUUAUCUGAAGAUGCAGAUUUUCCUGCCCCCUCUAAAAAUCCUCCUCCUAGAACUGUAUCGACCCCCAAGUCUGAUGCACGACCUGCUCAAGUUCCGCCAAAAACAAAACAGUUUGUCAAUGAUCGUGGAAGAGAAAUUCCUCACGCCUCUCAUUCUCGUGACGUAAGGAAACCAAUGGUUCCAAGCAUCCAAAACAAGCCUAAAGUCGGGAUGCAGAGAUCUAAUGGCAAGUUACCAGUAGAACCUAGGAAGCAGCAGUUGGUUAACAAUAAUGGAAGCGGGCCCGGUCGGCCAUUGCCCCCCAAAGGUGCUCCUUCGAAGACUUCUGUACCUGCUACAAGGAAGGUCACCCCUCCAGUUGCCAAACACACUGUGGCUGGUUCACAGAGGCCAAUCCCUUCAUCCCAACAACAUGCUGCUGUUCGUAGACAACCGUCGUCGCAAUUGCAGCAUGGCUUGCAAAGACGGAGUCCUCCUCGUGGCCAGUCCUCUGUUGUGAAUAAAUCAUCAGUACAAAGAAAGGAGUAUCAUGAAACGAGCAGGCCAAAGGCCUUGACCAAACAGCCAUUGCCGCCUUCUAGAGAUCAGCAGAUGAGGAGACCACUUACGAAACCUUCGGCUCCUCGACAUGAAGAGAGGCCCAAACCGAAACCUAAGAGGAGGCUUGACGAUGAUUCUGACGAUGAAAAUGCCAUAAAUAUGAUCAGAAAGAUGUUUGGGUAUAAUCCUAACAAAUUCCGAGAUGAUGAUGAUGUUAGCGACAUGGAGGCCGGUUUUGAUGAUAUUAUGAGGGAGGAAAAACGAAGUGCAAAAAUCGCUCGAAAGGAAGAUGAAGAACAGCUGCGAUUGAUUGAAGAAGAGGAAAGACGGGAAAGAAUGAGAUCAGCUAAGAAGAAGCAGAAGGUUAGUCGAUGACAAUCCGGUAACAAUUGAACUUAACUGCAAAUAAAAUUCCGAGUUCCUCCUCUUCCUCCCUCUGUUUUCUCAACUUAACUCUUAUUUGCCAAGAAGGUAGUAGGUAGGUGGUCUUGUGGUAGGGGGGUAACAUAGAUACAUGCAUGCAUACAUACAUAACAUACAUGAAAUUUGGAUUGAGAAAUUUGCAGAGAUGGUUGUAGUGUUUGUUUUGUUUGAUUCAAUCCACCCCCAAUUGUUUUUAUUUUUGGGUGUCUGUUUGUAUGUAUGUGUAAACAAUUCAUAAUUGCAGUAAGCUUUCACAAUGGAAA